CGGGCAGGGCGGGAAUCAAAGCCCCUCUUCCCCCGCCGCUCCUUUGGAAGGGAAGCGGAGAGGGGCCUCUCCUCCCUCUGGCGUCCCCCGCGGGGCUCCCCCUUCCCGAGUCCCUCUCGGUUUGGUCGAGCUGCCCGUUCCUUCAGCAGCGCGCAGCCUGUUUUAGGGCGGGAGGGUGGCUGCCUCGAGCGGCCUUGGGGGGAAAAGCUCGGGCGGCUGGCUCGCUUGAACGGAAGGAGGUUUGGCGGGGGAUCCUGCACGAUCGAGGGAAGGGCAGGCCGAGCUCGCCAGCCUCCUCCAGCGGGCUCCCGCGCUUUGCCACCCCGCGCGCCGGCCUUCUGCAACCAGAGGCGCUCCAGCGUGCAAGGAUGGCAAAGCCCAAACCCGGGUCCCUCCGCGGGGGAGGCUUCAGAGGCGCCGAGUAAGGCAGGAAACACGCAAAGGGGGACUGGCGGGCUCCUCUCGGUCCUCGCUUUUCCUCCUCCCGCGCCGCUUCCUCGAUCCGGCAGCGCCGUAGCCACCUAAGGUGAUGGCGGCGCCCAGCGGAGGGCGGCCGUAAGGAGGCCUUACGGUCUUUCGGGCAGCCGUACGGUGACGUCAUCGGGUCGCGCGGAGGGCGCCGGGCGGAGCCCGGGAUGCGCAGGGAGGCGGAAGAGCCGCGAAGGGAUGCUGGGGGAGCUGGUGUCUGGGGCCGCCGAGGGGCUGGUCCUCAUCCAGGAUUCGGUCGCCUGCGAAGGCCGCGCCCUGCUCAAGAGCUUCGUAGCAGCUGCGGCACAACGGGCAGAGACCGUCCAUGUCCUCAGCUUUGAGCUCCCAGAGUUGGAAUUCAAGGCUGGGCUGAGCGCCGAAGUGACCCCCCGGAUAUUGUUUCAUGAUGCUUUCCGAGAUCCUCUUGGCUGGUCGGGGAGGGGCAGCGGCCUGACCCUGGGAGAAUUCUCUGCCUCCGAGUUGGCGGCCCGCCUGGCCGCAGCCUCACAGGGGUCCGCCACGGUGGUGCUGGACUCCCUCAGCUGGCUGCUGCUCCGCCUCCCCUUUCCCUCCGUCUGCCAGGUUCUGGCGCAGCUGCCCAGGAGAGCAAGUGCUGUGGGGCUGAAAAUUGUCCGAUGCGUGGCACUCCUCCAUGGCGAUUUGCACCCGCCUGCGCAGCAGGACGUCCUGAAGGCCCUGGCCCGCCUUGUGGUGACGCUGCAGCCAGCACCACGGUCUGGGCAAGGCGGGGAUGGGACUCCCCAUGCAGCUGUUGUCUUCCAUAGAAAGAGGGGGAGCAAGUUUUUCCAGAAGAGAGAACUCUUCACCAUCCUCCCAGGAUUUGUUUUCAAAUUCCUUGGCGAGCUGCCACCGAAUGGUGUUUCCAGAGAGGACGAUGCAGAGGAUGGCCGGGGACCAACCGCAGCUGAUCCUACUGCCGAUCUGACCUUCAACCUGCGCCUCUCGGAAGCCGAGCGCCGGGCCAGGGAAUCAGUGCCUCUCCCGUACCACUUCAGCGAGGAAAAGAAAUCCUCCCUGCUGCAGACGUCCACGGAGGAAGCCAAGAUUUACUAUGAACCAGAUGCUGCCGAUGACUUUGACGAAGAAGAUCCCGACGAUGACUUGGAUGUGUGAGAGAGAAAUGGGGAACUGGCUGUUUUCCGUCUGCAAAUGAUCUGGACCUGGAAUCAUCUAAGUUGCCCUUGGGGGGCUGCAUUCCUUUGCAACUUGGUAAUCAUGGGGACAGAACCCAUCAGCCCCCGGGAACGGUCUUGCACGGCAGAUCGGAACAUGGUGCUCUCUGGAGAGGAAAAACAGUCCAGAUCUGCUUCACCUGGGAAAUAACAUGUCACAAGAAGGGCAGAUGGGUUGGAGCCUGGCCCUGAUGAUAAGCCUUUGUUGAAGGGGAUGGGUAUCGGGAAGAGUGAUCGGGUAUCGCCCGUCCUUUUGAGGAAGGAGAGAUUUGCAGCCAGAGCAAAUAAACCGUUUGAAUGCCGAUAGCACUGGCUUUGUGUGACUCUUAAUACGAAGACAAUAAAUGAUCACCAUGUUCAAAUA